CAUCAGGAGGUAUACAUACAUACGCACAUUCAGCAGAAAGCGUUUAUCCCUAACACUUAUCACUACUGUUUCUUUGCUGGAUAUACUUGACAGCCGCAUUGAAAAAUCCUCCAAAACCACUCCACUCUUCUGGUUUGCAUUUUGAUCGUGGGAUGCGAGUACCCCCACCUCCUCAGCCCCUCCUUCUCUAUUGUCAAUCUGUUGGGGGGCCUCAACGUGGACCGGCUUUUUAUGAAUGAAAUACAAGGUCCCUAUGCUGACUGACCAUCAGGAUUUUCACCUACUUUUCUCUCCCAACGAUUGAAUCGCAGCCCAACGUCCCUCUAAGCCAGCUCUUCCUGCAACAUAUCCGCCGCCAUGCCCAUUCUAAAGCAGCUGGUGUCUGGCUCCUCCCACAAGAACCGACGUUCUCGCACCGACCUAACCAGGGAGAUGAUCAGUGCCCCGCUUGGUGACUUCCGCCACACCAUGCACGUCGGCCGCAGCGGAGACGCGUUUGGCGACACGUCCUUCCUCAGCACCCGUUCGGGAGAACCGCCCCCAGAGUCCACCUCCUUCCCCAGUUCCCCCCGACCGGGCCUACUAUCACGCACUUUCAGAAGCAGCAAGCGCUCCCAGUCAGUGACCAGAGUGGACCAGCAGCGAGAGCACCCCCUCGUGGUCUCAGGUGGGUCCCCCACUCACGUAAAGAAUGCCAUGUCUCUGCCUUUCCUCAAUGAUGGGGACAGAGGAGACGGCAUGGUGUCCAAGAGUUUGUCUUCCAGUCCAUUAAAGCAGCUGGGGGAAUGCGACGGUGGGGGGGCUGCUUCCGGCAAUCACUUCUUGGAGGUGGAGGAGCAACAAUUCGGGGAAGCUACCGACCUACCUGACAGCUGUCAAACAUCUGUAGGUGGAAUGAAGCAUGCCGAGUCUGUCUUGUCCUUCCAUGUGGACUUGGGGCCUUCCAUGCUGGGGGACAUCCUGGGCGUGAUGCAGAAAGAGGAUGAUGAUCUUGGCUAUGAGGAAGGCAAGAGCAGCGAAGGCCGGGCCUCGCCACCGCUCAGCAACCACGAAGAAGAAGACCACCAGAAAAGGAUGGUGGUGGACGAAAAAGAAGCAACUCAGACAACCCCCUUGUAUGCAGAACCAGAGAUUCGGGGGCCGUACACCCCCGAGGCCCGACCCAAGCAUCCGCAGCAUCUGGACAGCUGCUCCGUGUCCAGCUCGGGCUCGGCUGCGCUGGAUGACAAAGCCCACGUGUAUGCGGCCGAUACAGACAGCGCCACCUUCAGCGCCCCACCAGAAGAGGAGAGCAACUUCUCGUCCUUCUUAGAUGAUGAAGAUGAUGAGAUCCGCGUAUGAGUUCCUCUGGAAUGUUGUUUAUACAAGAAAAGCAUCCCUUGAGAGUGGAAAGUUGGAUACUGAGAAUCAUGAGGAAUUUGAAUAAGGAACAUUCCAGGAGGACAGCUUAGAAAGAAGGAAAAACUGUCCUUCUCAACCUUCCCUCCCCCCCCACAGUUUGGCCCGCCAUCACAUCACCACAGGAAUGCUGCUUUGGGAUAUCUUCUCACCAAGAGGGCCACUGACUACAGUGGGAAUUCCUGAUCGGAGCCUCUGCAUCGGAAUACAAACCAAGUGCCGUUGAGCUGUCAAGGUGCUUGGAUUUAUGCAACAAUGGAUGCUACUUCCCCAAUUGUAUAUAUAUUAUCAUCUGAAAACAUGAGCGUAUUGCAGUCAUUUAGCAUUAAAAGCUGUUAUUACGGGGAAGCAAAGAGUGGACGUGAAGUGUGAUUGUUUGUCUGGAAGCCAUAAUAAUCACCAUUUUUGUCAGUUAUCACUUCCUGUUGUCCUUGAAGCUUGUUUAGGUUUAAUUAGUGUCAGCGCACCAACCGGCCCGGUUUAAUCAGACUAUAUCUGCAUGUUUAUGUCUUUUGCAUGUUUUACGUUAGAUACAAAAGCAAAAGACAGCAAUAAUGAAGAUUUUUGUGCAAGAAUUAACCCUACAAUUGGAAAUGGAAUGGACACGUGCCAAAAUAUUAUUAUUUAGCCGUUGUUGUGAAUGUUUGGGAGUUUCUCUCAGUGAUUAAUGUUUAAUUAUAAAAGGUUGCAAGAAAAACAAUGUGCGUAACUGGAUAUUUAUGUUCUUCAUCACUCGAAACACUAUAAUAUAUAAUUCAGGUAAUUUGUGCGGAUGUGAACGGUUUGUGUGUGAUGCCUUACUGUAUUGUGUAUUUACAGCCUUUUUCUGUAUUAGCCAAAAUAACCUAUAUUUUUCAAUAAAAGAAAUUUGUGAUCACUUACUUCUGGCUGACGA